AUGAACCUUUUCUGGUCAAAGUCUGGUCAACUGAGGGGCUUUCUUGCAAUUUCAGAAAGUCAGAAGGGGCUAAAAGUGCAGAUAGAGACAAUUUCAGGAUAUAAUAUCUCUUCUUCUUCGCUUAUUUUUCACAUUUCCCUCCCUAUAUUUCAUUUUACUUUGCCUCUCACUCUCAUUCUUCUCUUCCGUUCAUCUCAUCCCUCUCACUCGCAUUUCUCCGUCUUUAAAAUUAGGGCAGGAAGGGGGCAUUAUUGUGGUUGGUUUUCACUCGCAUUGAAGCAGUACGAAGGAUUGCGAUUUUGGCAUCCUUGUGUAGGUCAAAACCUUAGUACCGGUUCCAUCUUGGUGAUUAUCGCGAUUCCUAUUUUUUUUUGUGAGGUGCGUUUUGGAGUGCUGCAGGCUGCAGGCUUUGGCACAGAGCAUCAACUACAGACUACCCUGAACAACCCACCUUCAUCGUCUUGAGGCCUGAGAAAAAAUUCAAGUUAGAAAACCUGCACCCUUCA